UCAUUUCGGUGUGAAUGCCAAAGUGAACAGCUGAUCACAGCGUGGCAGAGCAGAAAAGUGGAAAACUCUCUCAGUUUUAUCGGAAUCGGAGCAGUUUUCCCUGAAGUAUUCGUCUUCAUGUAGGCUGAAUUUUGAAGUGCAGGAAAUUAAAAUCGCCAGUAAUCGCGAUAUUAUAUUAGAACAUAUACCGGCGCAGUGAAUAAGUAAACAAACGGAGUCUUCAUCCCCCAACGACACUCUUUAACUGAUCGUUACUCAACUCGCAGACCUGGAACCUUGGAUGAUUGAUGGGUCUUGCCAAAAGUGCAAAGAGUCUUGCUGUUUGUUAUUUAAGACACAAAACCCGAUACUCCGACUUAUUUGUCGGAAGUUUCACUCAGACAAGAGAUUCAUUUCUGACCAGAUUUUGCAGUUCUUCCAGCUCUUCCAGCAUGGAAAAAGUGUACUUCAGAAAUGCAAGUGAUAGCAAGGAGCUAGACAUUGUGUUCCGCUUUGCAAACUCCAGUUUACGCAUUGACCGAGAAUUCAAUUUCCGUCGUCAGAUGAAUGAGCCAAUUGGCGCUGUAUUGGCUCGGAUUCAAAGCAAUAUUCAAAAUAGACUUGCUAAAACCUCAAAGAAGUCCGGAAAACCCCCGGCUGAGAUAAAUGUGAAGCUUCUAAGUGACAGUAAUGACGGAAGUUGUAACGAACUGACAUUUGCCGAGCUGUUCAGUAAAGAUUUCACUGGUGUUAAGCUGCAGGUGGUGGAUACCGUCUACGAUAUGGUUUUCAAUCCACCCUGGAUUGCAUCCCUUAAGCUCCCCUCCUGCAUACUAGCAGGGUUCGUGAUAUACCCGACUAAUGUUCAGAUUCAAUUCGGGGACCGUCAGUACAGCAAAGGAGUGUGGUACAAAGCGAAGCGACCAACAGAUACCCAUUGGGAAGUCUGCGGAGAGGGAUUCCAGUACCUAGUCUCGCCCCAAGAUGUCGGUUACUUCCUAAAAUUUGUGCUAACCCCGAGAAAUAAACAGGGAAUAGAUGGUCCUGUGGUGGAAAAGGUUGCUAGCUCUGCUGUACAGGAUUCCCCAGGAUUGUGUCCAUUUCAAAGUCGACACCGCCACACUCCGAAUUACUUGAGUGACUCCAACGAAAUUCGGGUAGUAAGCUACAAUUUAUUGGCCGAUUUGUAUGCGAGUAGUGAUUACGCCGGAAGUACUCUAUUCUCGUAUUGCCCAUCGAAAUAUCUGCAAAUAGAUUAUAGGAAACCACUCCUCAUCAACGAAAUCAUUGGCUACAAGGCGGAUCUCAUCUGCCUUCAAGAAGUCGAUCAACGGAUUUUUGAUUUCGAUCUAAGGGAAAUACUAGAGCAACCUCCGUAUAAUUUCCAUGGCAUUUUGGCCCCGAAAGGAAAAUGUGCAGAAGGAGUGGCAGUUUUCUUUCGGAAAUCGCGCUUUGAACUAUUGGACUCCCAAGUUCUGCAUUUAGGUCCUAAUAUCCCCAAACUGCCCGUUUUCAACAGCCUUUGGAAUAAGAUCAAAGCAAACUCUCAAUUGGCAGAAAGAAUUUGUGAUCGGUCUACAACUCUACAAACUUGUUUGCUAAGGAUUAAAGAAACUGACAAGUACGUGCUCGUUGCUAACACGCAUUUAUACUUUCACCCUGACGCCGAUCACAUUCGACUACUGCAAAUGGGAUUUUCUACACUUUAUAUUGAGCACAUAAUAAGUAAAGCAGUACACGAUUUUAAUAUAAGUAGUCCUCAAAAUAUUGGUUUGAUAUUUUGUGGCGAUUUUAACAGCGUUCCGGAGUGUGGGAUCUACAAGUUGAUGACCGAGCAACUUGCAGACGAAAGUCUGGAAGAUUGGCGUAGUAAUCCCGAGCAAGCGGUUUCGAACGUGGAGCUCUCGCAGCCUUUUCAAAUGUUGUCGGCCUAUGGAGCGCCAGAGUUUACCCACUAUACAACUCUCUUUUCGGGCUGUUUGGACUAUAUAUUUUACCAAAACGAUCGCUUUGAGUUAUUGAAGAAUGUUCCACUGCCCACCGAGGAGGAGUUGAAAGCCAAUACUGCCAUACCGUCGGCUGUUUUUCCAUCAGAUCAUGUGGCUCUUGUAGCCGACCUUAGAUUUAAGUCGGCUGCAGCUUUAACAUAAAUUAUUUAUAAAAAAAGCUAGAUUACUUAUUUAGAUUGUCUAAAGAACUCUGGGAUUUCGCUACGUAAUAAAAUAAUAUGUUAAUCUA